AUGAAGAAACUUGAAACAAUGAACACAGAAGAUGAAAACAUUAUAAUGCAAAAUAAAACAACAUUAGACACAGAGAUAUCAACAAGCAACAAUGAACAAGAAAGUCAAUUAAAACAUCAAAUGGAAUCAACUAAGGACAAGCCAAAUAUGGAACAUGAAAAUGUACUAGUGGACUUACUUGCAAAUAAAGAGAAUGAACAAGAUUUUACAAUAGUUUUCAGAAAAAAGCAUAGAAAUAAAAGCAGAAUCACAAUCCCAAAAGUAGGAAGAACUACAGUCCUAGGAACAUCAGCUCCCUAUACAAAAGCCAGAGGACUGCAAUAG